CUCCGUAAUAUUUCAGCUGAACCCCAACCCCGUACUAUUUCAGCCGAAACCCAACCUCAAGCCGCAGCGAACCUCCGCCCGUACUACUGUUCCUCUUCUUCACGGAGAAGACACAGACCGCAACAACCCGAGCUGAGCUGCCAUCUUCAGCAUUUGAAGGCGCCUGGCUCAAACGCGAUGGUACGUUUUCUCCUCCGAAUGAACGGCACGGUCCCUCGUUCCAGAAAUAUAGACAAUCACCAUAGGCGAACAAACCUAGCAGUCAGCGGAUUCCUCCCAAUCAGGGGCGGAGCUGGGCCUAGCAAGCUGCUAUCCACAAGAGCACUGUCCUAAGCAAGUGCGCUGUAAGCAACGACCGUCGACCGCAGUUUGGCUUCGAGGCUAUUCGCUACUCUCAAGUCUCAACUCGGCAACUCUGCUAGUCGGUUAUCCAAUCUCCGGCGACAGAAGGCGGUGUAUACUGGCACAAAUGUUCUAACUACCAUGUUUGGUAUGUGACAGAAGUACAAGACGGGACACUCAAUUACCUUGAAUUUUCCUGAGAUGUGUAAGAUGGCUGUGGAAACUCUUUCUUCACUUUUGCAUCACUGUUCUAAGACUAAGUCACUCAAAUGUGGACUUUCCCUUCAUUCAGUUGCUAUUAGGACUGGCAUGAUGUGUGAUGUUAUAAUCUCCAAUCAUGUUCUCAACAUGUACGCUAAGUGUGGUAACCUCAAAUUUGCCAGCCAAGUGUUUGAUGAGAUGCCUGACAAAAACUUGGUGACUUGGUCAGCCAUGAUAUCUGGUUAUGAUCAAUCUGGGAAGCAUGUGAUGGCUGUCAAGCUCUUUGGUCAAAUGAAUCUAGAGCCAAAUGAAUAUAUACUUUCUAGCAGCCUGAGCUCUUGUGCCAAUCUUUUGGCACUGAAAGAUGGGCAACAGAUCCACUGCAAGUCUAUCAAAUUAGGUUACUCCUCUAUCUCUUUUGUCUCCAACUCACUAAUGUCGAUGUAUAUGAAAUGUAACAAGUGUGAUGACGGCUUGUCAGUUUUUGCUAGUACUCCAGCAUCCAGUGUUGUUUCUUUUAAUGCAAUAAUUACUGGUAUGAUAGAAAAUAAUCAUAAACAGAGAGCCUUUGAGAUGUUCAAACUUAUGUGUCAACGGAGAUUGAUUCCAGACCGGUUCACUUAUGUUGGAUUGUUAGGAACUUGUUGUACACCUGAGGAUUUGGGUAUAGGAAUGAGUUUGCAUGGCCAAACCAUCAAGUUGAAACUUGACUCGAGUGUUUUCAUUGGAAACAUAUUAAUGACAAUGUACUCAAAGUUGAAUUUGAUCGAUGAAGCAGAGAAGGUUUUUACAAUGAUAAGUGAGACAGAUAUCAUAUCAUGGAACACAUUAAUUGCUGCCUAUUCUAAUUGUGAUGAUCACAACAAAGCCUUGAACGUCUUUAGAUAUAUGGCACAGGGAUAUGUUGAUGACUUUUCAUAUGCGAGUGUUCUCUCUGCAUCAGCUGGCAUGGCUUCUAUACGUCUAGGUGGUGAGAUACAUGCUCACUUAGUUAGAACUAGGCAGAGCGUAGAUGUAACUGUUAGCAAUGCCCUUGUUAACAUGUAUGCUAAAUGUGGAUGUAUGCAACAUGCUUAUUCUGUUUUUAGGCUAAUGCAUUGCCAUAAUUUGGUAUCUUGGAAUACCAUCAUAGCUGGAUUUGCAAACCACGGUCGUGGAGGAAUAGUAAUACAACUGUACAAGGAAAUGGAGAAACUUGGGUUCAAACCAGAUUCUGUUACAUUCCUAGGACUUUUAAUGGCUUGCAACCAUGCAGGGCUUGUUGAUGAGGGCCAAUCCUUCUUCGUCUCCAUGCAAUACAUUCACGGGAUCACUCCUAAUAUUGAGCACUUUUCUUGCUUAAUUGAUCUUCUGGGACGAGCUGGGAGACUAAAAAGUGCUGAAGAAUAUAUGCAGAAGUACCAUUUUGGGAAGGAUCCAGUUGUUCUAGGCUGCCUGCUUUCGGCAUGUCGGCUGCAUGGUGAUGUUGUCAUAGGGGAACGUGUGGCUAAGAGGCUUCUGAUGGUUGAACCUGUUACUACUUCACCAUAUGUUUUGCUGUCUAAUCUAUAUGCGUCAGAUGGGAUGUGGGAUUGUGUUGCCGGUGCAAGAAAGAUGUUGAAGGGAAGUGGGUUAAAGAAAGAGGCAGGGCACAGCUUGAUUGAAGUGGAGAGAUCUGUAGAAAAGUUUACAAUAGGUGAUUUUUCCCAUUCAAGAAUCACAGAGAUACUGCAGGUACUCAGAUGUCUAAGUUAUGUAUGGGAUGAAGAAUAUUAGUGCAAUUGAUCAUCAACUGAAGAAGAGGCGCUAGUUGUCAUCUUCCAUUCUUCGCAUAGCCUUCCUGUUUCAAGAAGUCUAGCUCAGUGUUCUUGCAGUCACCCUUAUCCAAGAAGUCUUGAUCAGUGUUUUGCAGUCAUCCUAUUGUUUUGCUUAAGGACAUGAUACUAUGGACUUGAGUAAAUUGAGGUUCUACCCGUCAGAUAUCAUCAGUCCCCAAGCUGCGUCCAACCUUCCAUUGUCCCAUCUAGUCGAUCCCGGUCGCAGCUGAAUCUCCUAUUUAAAAGAAUAUGCUGUUAUUAUUUUAUUAGCCAGAUAGAGAAGAAAAAAUCGAUGCUGGGGAGCCAGCAAAAUACAUGGGCUGUGGACCAAACAGAUACUCUAAAACUUGCAUUAGUGUUUUAAAUUAUUAACUUAUUAUACUGAUAUUUAUCAUGCCUCAACAGGUUUUGGAUGAAGUUGCUGAGCCUAUUGUUCAAGCAAGAGCUUUUAUCACAAUACCUUCAUCAUGAACAAUUUUAUUAAAGAUAGAGCCUUGUGGUUUUGUUAAUUAGAAACUUUCCCAAGAGGUGGCCCAGUUAAGGCUAUUCUUGAUGAGGAAGCUGAGGAAGAAGAUGAGAGUGAUUAUGAUUCUGCAAGUUUACCUUUAUUUAUAACACUUUUGGAAUAUUUGUUCUUAAGAAUAGCUCUUUUGGGAAUUGGGAUAUUUGAUCCCUUUUGAGUGAUUGGGAUAUUUAUUCUUCAAAAUGUCUUCGCAAAUUUAUAUUUAUUUCUACUACUUUUGAUUGAUCAAGUAAGAAAUGAGGUAUUUCUA